AUAUUUGAAAACCAUUUCGUCGGCAGUGAAGAUGAUCGAUACAAUGGACAUGGGUUCCUUCCCACACCACCACUGACUCCAACCACUAUUUCGGAGGUCUCAUCGUCGUUCCCGUUGUCUUUCUCCAUGCUACCACAGUCAUCAAUUUCAGCUCUCCCACAGCCAUUUUAUUCCCCGAUGGCAACUGCAUCUCUUCUCUCGGGCUCCGUUGCUGCAAGAUCGUUUCCUGCUGCCUUCCUUCCGAGGACCGAGCAUUCUAGACUAGAUUAUAGUUAUCCGCCUCCAUUGAAUCUAGCGGUGGGCACUCGUGUGACGCGUGUUUCCAACUCGAUAAAUGGGGUGAUUUACCCGGAAAAUUCGACGAGAUCACCCAUCGCGUUUAUUAGGCCUUUUUCUUCGCAACCUCCGUCAUCUAUUAAAAAACCAAAGAAAUUCGACUUUGCUCAUCUCGCCGAGUCGGCCAUCUCCCAGGAUGAGCCAGAGUUCUGCCCGAGUCCCGCUGAGACGAGAAGCAGCGACUCGCAUCCUCCGAGGUCAACCUCUAGACUCGAACAUGACGCACUAUCCGCUCUUUCUUCAGGUUCUACAGUAUUUAAUCCUAAGGACAACUCUGGUUCCGCUUUUCCAUUCCCCAAUAGUCCUUUUAACUCUCAUCCAGUUCUUUUAGCAAAGAUGCCAAAGAAGAUGUCACACUUACUAGAUCAGCGACACCUUAAAGGUCGAAUAUUUUCUCACUCAAAGAAAGAGUUCAUCUGUAAGUUCUGCCAGCGUCGCUUCACCAAAUCUUAUAAUCUGUUAAUACACGAGAGAACGCAUACGGAUGAACGACCUUACACCUGUGACAUCUGUCAUAAAGCUUUCCGGAGACAAGAUCAUUUAAGGGACCAUACGUACAUCCAUUCCAAGGAAAAACCCUUCAAGUGUUCGGAGUGUGGGAAAGGGUUUUGUCAGUCUCGAACUUUAGCUGUGCACCGAAUUCUUCACACGGACGAUUCACCACACAAGUGUUCUACCUGCGGACGCUGCUUCAACCAACGGAGCAACCUAAAAACCCACCUCCUCACCCACACCGACAUCAAACCCUACAACUGCGGCUCUUGCGGGAAGGUUUUCCGCCGAAACUGUGAUCUUCGCCGGCACAGUCUCACGCACGACAUGCAACAGAUGGCAUCGACUACACCCUCAGUAUCUUCUGUUAAAAAUCCUAUACCAUCUUUGAGGUUUGUAUGUCCAUCGUCAUGUAAGCAUAACAACCUUAUUUCGGAGAAUCCUACCUCAAUCUCUUUCUGAAACAAGAGAUGUGAUUAAAAGUUGGGGGGUCCCCAUACUUUCUUAGCUCAAGUGUUCCCCCCAUGACAUUAUUCAUCGUGACUGUAGACCCUCCCCAUCAAAUUAAUUCGUGGAAAUGGAGUAACACAGAUCCAUUUAUAUUACCAUUGUCUCCUUUUGCUGUUAAAAUUGUUCAUAUUGUUAACAGAUGCACUUUUAAAUGUCAGGGUCACUUGGGGGGGGGGCAAUAUGUACAUGCUGCGGCCCUGUAAG